CAUCUUGAAUUCCAGACGUAACGCAGUGCUGUGAUAUUGUGAAUUGAAUACUAGAAAACAUUUGUGUUUAAUAUUUUAUCAUUCUACAGUACUCUGUUACUAAUAAAUACACGUUUGUCAAAGAACCGGUGUUUUGUUUGAUAUCAUAGUUCUUUUCUUAUUAAUUGACGAUUAAAAUUGGAAUCGAGGAUUUUACCGUUCUUGACAAAAGAUGCAACCUCAAAUAAUCUUGUUGAAAGAGGGGACAGAUACGACGCAGGGUAAGCCUCAACUUAUAUCGAACAUAAAUGCGUGCCAAAUGGUGGUGGAUGCUGUCCGAACAACCCUUGGCCCUCGGGGUAUGGACAAGCUCAUCGUAGAUCAAAAUGGCAAGAGCACUAUUUCGAAUGAUGGUGCCACGAUUCUGAAACUGCUGGACAUUGUACAUCCUGCUGCAAAAACCUUGGUCGACAUAGCCAAGUCACAAGAUGCCGAGGUUGGAGAUGGGACCACAAGUGUUGUCCUAUUGGCUGGGGAAUUCUUGAAACAGGUGAAACCAUUCGUCGAGGAAGGUGUACAUCCUCGAAUUAUCAUCAAAGCCUUUCGGCGCGCAACUCAGCUUGCUAUUGAGAAGAUUAAUUCUCUCAGUGUAAAAAUUGAGAAAUCUAACAUCAAAGAGCAUAGAGCUCUGUUGGAGAAAUGCGCUGCUACUGCAAUGAGUUCAAAACUUAUUCAUCAACAGAAGGACUUUUUCAGUAAAAUGGUUGUCAACGCUGUUCUACAGUUGGACGAACUUCUCCCACUUAACAUGAUUGGUAUUAAGAAGGUGGCUGGUGGAUCUCUGGAAGAUUCUCUCCUGGUUGCCGGUGUAGCUUUCAAAAAAACAUUUUCGUAUGCUGGCUUCGAAAUGCAGCCAAAGACAUAUAAACCAUGCAAAAUUGCUCUAUUGAAUAUUGAAUUGGAGCUCAAGGCAGAGCGGGACAAUGCCGAGAUCAGAGUGGACAAUGUGGCAGAAUAUCAGAAGAUUGUUGACGCAGAGUGGCAAAUUUUAUAUCAGAAGCUGGACAAAAUUCACCAAAGUGGAGCUAAUGUUGUGCUGUCUAAGCUGCCGAUAGGAGAUGUCGCAACCCAGUACUUUGCAGAUAGAGACAUGUUCUGUGCUGGCCGUGUUCCCGAGGAGGAUUUGAAGAGGACCAUGAAGGCUUGCGGCGGUGCAGUCAUGACAACUGUUCACGAUAUAAACGACGCUAUUCUCGGAAAAUGUGAAUCCUUUGAAGAAAAGCAAAUUGGAGGAGAGAGAUUCAACUUCUUUGCUGGGUGCUUGAACGCUAAAACUUGCACUCUCGUUUUGCGAGGAGGUGCUGAGCAAUUUUUGGAAGAAACCGAAAGGUCUCUCCACGACGCCAUUAUGAUUGUUAGGCGUACAAUAAAGAAUGAUGCGGUUGUUGCCGGCGGUGGUGCUAUUGAGAUGGAAUUAUCACGCACCCUCCGUGAUUAUUCACGCACCAUUGCUGGAAAAGAGCAGCUUCUUAUUGGAGCAAUCGCGCGUGCCUUGGAAGUUAUUCCCAGACAACUUUGCGAUAACGCCGGAUUCGACGCUACAAAUAUUCUCAACAAAUUACGACAGAAACAUCAUCAAGGAAACAAGUGGUACGGAGUGGACAUCAACUCUGAGGACAUAGCAGACAAUUUAGAAGCCUGCGUAUGGGAGCCAGCCAUUGUAAAGAUCAAUGCAUUAACAGCCGCGAGCGAGGCUGCUUGUUUGAUUUUGUCUGUUGAUGAGACCAUUAAAAAUCCGAAAAGUGGCGGAGGGGAUGCACCACAAAUGCCGGUAGGCCGUGGCAUGGGAAGACCUAUGUAAUUAUUACAUUUCCGUGUAAAACUUGUCGACAAAAAACAAAUCGACGAUUGCAGCUACAGUUUGAUAAUCUUAGCUGUAUAAGUUGUCUAUCUAUUCCAUCAUCGCGCUUAUGAAUUUAAGGAAUGUUGUUUGAAGACAGUUUGCGCAAGGUGUCGAAUCAGCAAGGGUAUCAAAUCAGAAAUCAUAAUAAACGUUUCACAGAGCCAGUGUUAUGUUCGCAUUUCCAUCACAUUGGGGCUGUAUUCUACUUAAUCAACAUUACCGCCUUCUCACUUAACUAUUAGUUACAAAAAUUCAUUGCUUGAGUAUUAAAAUCUAGCAUCAAUCGUAGCACAAGGCAGGAGUUUAUUUAUUGUUCGACUGAACAGAUAUCGCAUCGCAUACUAAUUGCCUGAUGAAUAAUUCUUCGUGUACAGAUUCCAUCUAUCAACUAUCCAACUGAUUGUAGGAUACGCUUAACAAGUUUUUUUUAAAUGCAACAGUAGUUGCAUUUCAUUACGUCUACUUUUAUAGUUUGUACCACACCAUAAUUAUUCUCAAACAAUAAAGAGAAUUUUAAUAU